AGCCGAUAAAAUAAUGACGGGCCCUCUGGCGGAAUCAGUAUCAGACACACUUAAAAACAGCUGUUUGUCAAUCACAAAUGUUACGUCAAAGGUGUAGUAGGGCAACUAGCUGGUCGACAUGGCAUUAAAUUUGUUUACAAGUAUAAAAUACGCUAAAUCUUUGAAACCUUUGGCACGAUGUUAUUCGGACCAGUUUCCCAAAAUCACGACCCACUAUACCGUUGUGCCGCGAGAAAACGACCCACGAUGGAAAGAGGUGAAUAUGGAACGGUUCGGGGACGAGACGGAUAUUUUAAUAAUCGGGGGAGGUCCUGCGGGGAUGUCUGCCGCGAUAAGAGCCAAACAAUUGGCUGAAAAAGACGGGAAAGAGCUCAGGGUUUGUGUUGUGGAGAAAGCAUCUCAAGUAGGAGGUCACAUUUUAUCAGGAGCUGUUAUACAACCAACAGCACUCGAUGAAUUAAUCCCUGAUUGGGCGGAUAAGGGGGCACCGUUAAAAACCCCAGUAAAGGAAGACAAAUUCGGGAUUUUAACAGCCACGGGUCGAAUCCCUGUUCCGGUACUGCCAGGUACCCCCAUGUACAACCACGGGAACUACAUCGUGCGGCUGGGGCACGUGGUGCAAUGGCUUGGGGAGCAAGCCGAGGCCAUGGGUGUUGAAAUCUACCCAGGGUACGCAGCUUCGGAAAUCCUCUACCAUCCCGAUGGUAGCGUUAAAGGGGUGGCGACCAACGAUGUGGGUAUCGCCAAAGAUGGGAGCCCUAAAGACAAUUUCGAACGAGGCAUGGAAUUACAUGCCAAAUGUACCAUUUUUGCGGAGGGCUGCCAUGGACAUUUAUCCAAACAAAUCAUAAACAAAUUCAACUUGAGGGCAAACUCCGAGCCACAAACCUACGGUAUUGGUUUGAAGGAGAUUUGGGAGAUUGAUCCUUCGAAACACAGUCCUGGCCGCGUUGAGCACUCGAUUGGUUGGCCUUUGGAUAAAUUCACCUACGGUGGAAGCUUCCUCUACCACCUCAAUGAAGAUACUCCUUUGGUGGCGGUUGGAUUUGUUGUCGCCUUGGACUAUUCCAACCCUUAUUUGAGCCCUUUUAGAGAGUUCCAAAGGUUCAAGCACCACCCUAGCGUCAAACACUACUUCGAGGGAGGUACACGUAUUGCCUAUGGGGCGCGUGCUUUGAACGAAGGUGGCUUCCAGAGUAUUCCCAAACUGACGUUCCCUGGAGGAUGUCUCGUUGGGUGUUCGGCCGGCUUCCUCAAUGUACCAAAAAUCAAAGGCACGCAUUAUGCCAUGAAAAGUGGGAUGUUGGCUGCGGAAAGCGCCUACGAAGCCAUUAAUAGCGAAAAACAAGAAACUGAAGGUUUUGAACCGAAGAGCUAUCCAGACAAAGUUAAGAACAGUUUCAUUUGGAAAGACUUGAAACGGGUGAGGAACGUACGACCCAGCUUCCAUAAUCCUUUGGGGAUGUAUGGAGGAGUGAUGUACAGUGGAUUUUCCAUAAUGAUUGGGGGGAUGGAACCGUGGACUUUCAAACAUGGCGAUCCCGAUUACAAGAGACUCAAACCGGCCAAAGACUGUACACCUAUCGAUUAUCCGAAGCCUGACGGUAAAAUCAGCUUCGAUCUCCUCUCUUCCGUUGCGCUGACUGGGACCAAUCAUGAAGGUGACCAACCCCCGCAUCUAACCCUGAAGGACGAUACCGUUCCUGUUAAGCAAAAUUUGGGCAUUUAUGACGGGCCUGAAGGCCGGUUUUGUCCAGCAGGAGUGUACGAAUUCGUCCCGCUUGAAAGUGGGGACGGUCAAAGGCUGCAAAUCAACGCCCAGAACUGUAUACAUUGCAAAACUUGCGAUAUUAAAGACCCGAGUCAGAACAUCAACUGGGUGGUUCCCGAAGGAGGUGGCGGCCCGGCUUACAACGGAAUGUAAUUAAGUGCCUUUAAGCAAAUUGCUUGACUUUUUAUGUAUAUUGAUAAUAAAAUUUUUAUAACACUGUUA